AUGUCACAAGAAAAGUAUACUGAAGCUUGUGAAAUUGUCAUUAAGCAAGGGAAAAGUGUCAGAAGUGUAGCUACCAGCUUUGGCAUGUGUCAUGUAACUCUAUCUAGGUAUGUCGCUAAAUACAAGAAGGAUAAUACAUUUAAAACUGGAUACGCCCCACAUAAUAAAGUGUUCUCUUCAGAACAGGAACUUGAAUUGUCGCAAUAUUGCAUGACAGCGAGUCAGCUUUACUUUGGUUUGACUACCAAAGAUUUACGUAAAUUGGCCUUUUCGUACGCCAAAGCAAAUAAUUUAAAAUAUCCCCAAAAGUGGAAUGACACAGAACUCGCUAGCCUUGAUUGGUACAAGGCCUUUAUGAAAAGGCAUUCAACUUUAUCUGUCAGACGUCCUGAAGCCACAAGUCUUGCUCGAGCCAUGAAUUUCAACAAACCAAAUGUUGAAAAAUUUUUUGACAAGUGGGGUGAACUUUUAGAUAGACUUAAAUGUCAACCACAUAAUAUAUAUAAUAUAGAUGAGACGGGUGUAACAACAACUCAAAAACCUAGUAGAGUAAUUGCUGUUAAAGGGACCAAACAGGUCGGUUCAAUUACUUCUCAAGAACGAGGGACCCUGGUCACUGUUUGCUUGGCUGUUAAUGCAAUUGGAAACGCUGUGCCUGCUUUCUUUGUAUUUCCCCGAAAGAAUUUUCAGUCUCAUUUUAUUAGAGAUGGUCCUCCUGGUUGUGGUGGUUCAGGUAACAAAAGCGGUUGGAUGCAAGAUGAAGAAUUUUUAUUGUUCAUGAAGCAUUUUACUAAAUUUGCUAAGCCGACUCAAGAAAAUCCUGUUGUAGUUAUUUUGGACAAUCAUUCUUCCCAUAUAAAUGUACCUGUUAUUCAAUUUUGUAAAGAAAACUUCAUUUCUAUUUUAUCAUUUCCACCACAUACGUCGCACAAACUACAACCACUUGACCGGUCAGUUUUUGGACCGUUUAAAACUAAAUUUAAUAUUGCUGCUGAUCAUUGGAUGAAGAAUCAUCCUGGUCAACGAAUGACCAUAUAUGAUUUACCAGGACUUGUUAAAGAAGCUAUUGCUGUUGCUGUUACAUCAAAUAACAUAACCCAAGGGUUUGCAUGUACGGGUAUAUGGCCAUAUAACAAAGACAUUUUUUCCGACAUUGAUUUUGCUCCAGCCAGCGUUACUGACCAAGCGAAUGAAGAAGUCAUGCUUGAUCAGUGUGAUCAGCAAGACAUGACUGAACUGAUUAACAACUCAGGACCUUCAACAUCAAAUCAGAUUUUGCCUCAGAUGUCAUCUCAACCAACACCAAGUUUUUCUCAUCAUACACGUAAGAUAUCACUAUUAGACGUGGUUCCUCUUCCAAAAGCACCACCACGAGUCAAAUCUAAGACAGGGAGAUCCAAAGGAAAAAGUGCAAUAUACACUGAUACACCAGAAAAGAAAGCGUUAGAGGCAAAGCAAAGAAAGAUUACUGAAAAAAAAAAACCAAAAUUAAGAAAUUUAGAUUCUAAACCGACAGGGAAGAAAUUUACUAGAAAAAAUACUGUAAGAAUUGAAGAUAAUGAGACAAAUAAAGAUAUAAAUGAAGACUUAGAUGAUACAGACGAAGACGAUAAUUAUUGUAUUGUCUGUUUUGAACAUUACAAAACGAGCAGAGAAGAUUGGUUGCAAUGCAGAGAUUGCCGCAAAUGGGCACAUUCCAGCUGUGCUAAAAAUGAUAUUUUUUUUGUGUGUUUAAACUGUUUGUCGGAAUAA